AUGGCCGAUGCAGUAGAAAGGACAGCUGAACUGGUCCGUGAUUAUCUCCUUUUUAGAGGAUUUACAAACACUCUAAAAUCCUUCGAUGCUGAGCUGAAACUAGAUAAAGAUAAGAAGUUUAGGGUUGAUAAGGUGCUGGAACAGCUGCUUCAAUCCAUCUGGAGUUAUGACCUCGCUGGAUUACGUAGCUACAUGGAGCACUUGGACAGACGAGUGUUCUCUCAUCUUGAAGCUAAUCAGGUGGCAAACGUCCGCAAGCUUGAAGUCAGUAUUCUCAGAUUGUUUGUAGUCAACGCUCUUCAAAAUAAUCGGCAAGACAAAGUCACCGAGUUCUUUGAGAAGAUGUGUAGUGAGAUACAAAACCAAGCAGAAUGGAAAGAGUGGUUCGCGUUGCCUUUCUUGAAGACUCCUGAGCAGAGUUCCACCUUUGAGCUGUAUUUUAGCAAACAGUGGCAGGAGACCUUGACCAUUUCCCUUCACAACUUCUUCAGCAUUAUCUUCCAGUCAAUGCCUCUGCCAGCUUUGCUGAACUUUGACGCUGAACAGCAGAGAAUGAACGACUUACAAGAUACCAAUGCACUCCUUAAGAAACAGCUUUUAAUAUUGGAGCACUCUGAAAAGGAGAAAACAAUCGGUUCGGUAAAGGAAUCUGAAGACAACGUGCAAGUCAUGGAUGACUUUGCUGCCCUACCAACGAUAAUUGACAGUAAAGACCCUCAGUCCAAACUCAAUAAAGGAAGUAUCUCCAAGAAGACGGUUUCACCAGGGGCAGCACGUCGUCUCAUAGGCAGCUCAACACCAGGGGCUGCUCGGAGAGCUCUGCCUGCCUUCUUAGGGGGCGCUAGAGAUAAGGAAUCCACUCAGGUUACCAAAGGGAAGGAGAUCCCAGCUGGCAAGAGGAUAGAGGCCUCCCAGGUACCUUCAGUUGGUACCCCAGCUCAGAGUUCCAUUGUCCAAUCCAGUCAGCAGCAGCAGCAGCAGCAGCAGCAGCGCCAACUCAAAUCCCAACAAAUCCAGAUCGCCCAGCAGCAGAGGCGAGAGCUCUUAAACCAGUCAAACCAAGUGAAAGCAUCGCAACGGAUACAGUCGCAGUCCAGUGUGGAGGAGUACGGCUUGUCGGAGACAGUCUCAUGGAAGCAAGCGACCAAGGGUAGCUUCGGAUCCUCCAUGCCGCUAGUCCCAGAGCCCCUUCAGCAGGAUGCUGCGUCGAGGAAAGAGCCGGAAGUAGUCUCACCCAGGAUUUCAUCAACAGCUGGUGAGACAACGGAGCAUAAAGCAUCUGCACCAACUAAAGCAUUCACAGAUUACGAAGGUGGAGCGCCAUUCCUUGUGCUCAGUCAAGAUGAAUACACAGAGCAUCAUUCCUGCAUCACAGCCUGCAAGUUCAAUCCUUCGGCUACUACUGUAGCUAGUGUAGAUACAGACGGUGUUGUCAAAGUGUGGAAAUUUGCACCUUCGCCAAUGACGACUGCUACAAUCAUGUUCAAAUCACCCGUACUCUCAAUAGAAUGGGCUUCCAAAUCAGAUCGCCUGUUAUUAUUGGGGAGCUCAAGCGGCACUGUCAAGGUCUAUGACACAGAAAUGAAGAAGCCACUGUUUGACAUCGAAACAGAUUCUGCGCAUCCAAGGGUUGUGUCACUAUGCUGCAGUCCUAAUGGAUCAACCUUCAUAUGCUCAGUGGGGAGUACAUCUCAACUACAGCCAUCAGGUCUUCCCGCUACAGCUCUGUCCUCAAGACUAUUACUUUGUGACAUCAAACAAAUGAAAGUAUUGAAUGAACUUGCCAUGACUACAAACUCAGGUUGCGUUAACUGUAUGGCGUUCAAUCACAAUGGACACCUUUUGGUAACCGGGGCUGCGGACGGCAUGAUCAGGAUUUUUGAUAUGCAACGAGCUGAGAGUCUGCUGAGUUGGCAUGCACACUCUGGUCAGGUUUACGCAGCCCAGUUCAGCUUGGACGAGACGUCUGUUCUUAGUAUGGGAUCAGACAACAAGUUUACACAGUGGAGCAUAAACCGAGUGGGUGAGAAACUUCAGCAGCUGCUAAUCCACGAUGGGGCGACAGGGCCAUUUGUUAUGUCAGGUUUUGGCGGUUACAAACAACAACAGGCACCACGGGCCAAACUGUUCGCAUUCGAUAGCACCGGUACCCAUGUGCUGACCUGUGCUCCGUAUGGUGGUAUCAUUUAUAAGCUUCACAGAGAGCAAGGGGCCUUGAGACUCUUGACAAUCCUUGGACAUCGGACACCCGUUGUGAGCGUUGACUGGUGUACGUCGGUGAAUACCGGUAUGUGCCUAACAGGGUCUAUGGACGGUCGUGUACAAGUCACUACAUUACUCACUCAGUAACGGUACCAAAGACAUUUGCCAGUAAUUUAGAGCCAAAUAAGUAAUCUAUUCUGAAGAGCAUAAAUUUCCCGAUAUUUGAUACAUUUUUUCGAAGAGCAUCGACUGAAAUAUUGAUAAUUUUUAAAGAAGCAGUAGUUUUUAUUUUGUAGUUAUUUUUAUGCCCUGCAGUAAGUGAAGCCACUAAGGGUUGAAUACCCUAUCCGACAUGUUCUUUUGUUGGUGUGGAUGUGUGUGUGUGUGCAAUCAUAGUCUGAGCGAUAAACUCAAGAACGACAUGGCUUAUCAACUCCAAACUUGUUUCCUUGAUUGGCUAGUUCAGUAGCUUAUUUUUUGUGUGGCUCCCCUCAGUCAAGGCAAUUAUGGCUAAAAGUAUAGAAAUGUUUUCCCAGUGUGUGUGGAUUGGUCUGUGGAUUGGUCUUUGGACUGUUCUUGGGACUGAUCUUGGAUCAGUUACAUCAAUUGUCAAGAAAGGUGCACUCUUUCCUGUCACAGUCAGUCAAAGACUUUCGCCAGCUGUGACAAUCCAAUGUUCUCUUCAGGCAGCCCUGAUCUGACGCUGUUCCUUGAGACUCCCUGACUGCGAGUCUUGCAUGUCCCGUGUAAUGCAACUUAAUAGCCUUUGCUGAUGUUUGCAUCUGGUUGCCAUCUUGCCUAAGGCAUUGUAGUGUAGAGCUCUCGCUGAGCCUAAGCAUGGGACUACCAUCCCUACUUGUAGAUGCAAACUCAUAGGAGAUCAUGUUGGCUUAGUUGUACCCGACCUUGCCCA